AUGGACUUUGUCGAGUAUUGCAGCCAACUGACGGCCCUGCUGACGGGUGGUCCGUGCACAUCGCGCAAGCUGGCCCUUCCGCUGCCUCCGCGCGACGUCCAGCAGCAGCAGCUCAACAGCAGCUUCAGGCCCAUCGAUGUCUGGAGGAUCCAUGCCUCGCGCUCUCCGAUUCUGGCAUCCCUGAUCAUUAAUCAGCUGCCCUUCGCGUCUCCUGCUUCAGACAGCCUUUCUGCCAUGGCCGACGAGGAGGAGCGGCUGAAGGCGGAGAAGCUCGCCGCCGCCAAAAAGAGGGUUGCGCAGCUGCAGAAGCAGAAAGCGAAGAAAGCGGCCAAGAAAGCCGCUGCUGAUGCGGAAGCCAGCAAGGAUGACUCCAGCACCGCCGAACCAGCAACCCCAGCAACCCCCAAGGAGCCAGAUGAGAAACCGGACAGCGAGCCCGUAGGCCAGCAAGAGGAGAAGCCAGCUGAGCCGGAAAAGCGAGAGGAGGAGACGGCCACCGAACCCAUGCCGCAGGCGCCGACGUCCCCCGGCCCCGACGCGACACCCGGCGACGUGAAGGAGCUCCCCUCGCGGGGCGCGCAUGCCCGCCAACCGUCCCUGUCCGCCCAAUCCAAGAUGCGAUCGUCCUCGUUCCGGCAAUCGUCCAUCUCGCAGGGUGCGCCGGCAGCAUCCUCGCUCGGAAGCUUGAAGUCUCCGCCGCUGCCUCCCUUGUCGCCUGACGGGGAGCACGUCCACGAGGUCUUCCGGAAACAGGCGGCACGGCUGGAAGAGCUCGAGAAGGAAAAUAAGCGGCUGGAGAAGGAGCUCGAAGAGGCCAAUGCCCGGAGGCUGAAAUCCGAAGAACAGCUCGAGGACCUCCGAGAGGCCAGCGUGGAGGUGGUGGAACUCAAGGAUCGGCUGGAGAAGGCGGAGAAGCAGGUCGCAGAGAUUGAGAAACUGAAAGCCGAAAUCACCUCCCUGCAACGACAAAACUCCCUGCUACAGUCCAAGAGCCAUCGCAAUACGGCCAGUGUCUCCGCUGGCAGCGCCGAAUCACCGCCGUCCGACCUCGCGCAGCAGCUCGAGUCCAAGUCUGCCACCAUCGAGGCGAUGGAGAUCGAGAUCUCGAAUCUACGAGCGCAGGUCCAGUCCCACGCGAAUUCGAGCGCUGGGUAUCAGAACCGGAUAAGCGCUCUCGAGGAAAAGCUUGCGCAGAGCGAGAGCAAUCUGGAAAAGACGCAACGCGAGCUCGCGGACGCGAAGCAGUCGCUGUCGCGCGCGGCGGAGAAGGCGAUCAAAGAAGGGGUGGACAAGACGUCUACCGAGACGCUGAUCAAAAACCUGCGGAGGGAAAUCGAGGAACUGCAGGAGGCCAAAUCCGCGGCCGAGAAGAAGAUCGACACGCUGGACAAGAAGCUCCAGGCCCUGGGCAACCUGCACAAGGAGUCGGAGAGUCGACACCAGGCGCGGCUACGCGAACACGAGAAGCUGGAGAAGGAGGUCGUCGUUCUGAAGAAGAAGCUGACCAGCGUCGAGAACGAGAACCUCCGGCUCAAGGAGGAGCGGGAUCGAGCCCGGAAACUCAACGAGGCCGUGGGCGGCGACGACGCGGAACUCGCGGAGCUGGAAGAGGAAGAGCGCGCGCGUCUGGAGCGGCGGAUCCGCGAGCUGGAGGGGGAGAUCUUCGACCUGCGUCGGGGCGUGUGGAAAGAGAAGAGGAAAGAACUGGAGGGCGAAGAGGUCGGCGAACCGCGCGAGUCGGCGACCAGCCCUGGCAACACCUUCGACGAGGUAGACUUGAUCGGGGGCGCUCCAAGCCACUCGCGACGGCGCAGUGCGGCUGGCGGUCGAGCCCAGCAACAGCAGCAGCAGCAGCAACACUCAUCCUUCGCGACAGUCCUCUCAAGCGGCCUGGCCGCCUUCACAGGGUCAGGUAACAGGGACCGUCGCCCAUCGCAACACCCGCCCGCGACACGAGGCAGCCUCGAGCUACUCUCAGAGGAGAACGGCGACGACGACGACUUCGACGAGGAGGCGUUUGCGCGUGCACAGGCCGAGGAGGAGGCGCGCAAGCGGGUCGAAUGGGUGCGCGAGGUGAAGCGGAAACUGCGCGAGUGGAAGGGCUGGCGGCUGGAUCUGGUGGACAGCCGGGCUGGUGCGGAGGGGGCAGGUGUAGGGAUGGGUGAGAUUUUUGAGGUUUGA